AUGAGCUGUAAUCAUGUCAUUGAUGAUUCCAAACUUGCGCAAAGGUUAUAUUUAUCAAUGACAUUUACAGAUGCAUGGAAAUAUAUCCUUUACCCUGAACAGAAAGUCCCGAAAGCUAUUUAUAUUUGUCUGACAUGUAAUUCAAUCAAAAUCCAAGAGUCGAAAAUGAAAAAGCACAACAAGAAACAUAAUCAUGAUCUAUUCUUUGAAAUUAUAUCCCUUAGUAUUUAUUGUUGUAGAUGUAAAAAUCAUUUUCUUUCCACAAAACUAUUAACAAAUGCUUGCCUGACUGCUAUCCCUACAAACCCAAUGGUAGAAUUAUCUACUGGAUUUCCAAAUCUUGGAAGAUCUUGUUAUGCAAAUGCAAGUUUAAUAGCAUUAAGUAAUGUCAAACCACUAACAACAGCAAUACUGGAGUCAUCAUAUCCAGCAUGUAGAUUAAUGGCUACUGUUAUACAAGGAAAUCGUCAUGUUAAUAAAAUUUUCCAUUCUUUACUCCCAGAAUUUUCGCCAACCACAUGUUCUGAUGCAGGAGAAUUUAUUUUAGCAUUACUUGAACUAUUAUUUCAAGAUCCAAACGUCAAAACAUUAUUUGGAGGAAGAACUACAACAUUUUAUUCAUGCGCGGACUGCAAAAUGUGCAAAACUACAAGUCAACCAUUUUCAAUUUUUCCAAUUGAUAUAAAUCCUCAGGGAUGGUUAAAUUCUGACUUAGAAACUAAUAGAAACCAUCUUCCAAGGUCCUUUGGCAGUCAAGCGAUAUGGAAUAUAGAUCAUGAAGCAACUACUACUUCAUCAUUUAUAUCUGUUAUGAUGCAUGGAAAUUCUAAUUCAAUUUCAUUGGAAAAGUGCAUUGAGACUAUGUUUUCUCCUUCCAAAAUGCAAUGUUCUGAAUGCAAAUCCCAAAAUGCUUCAAUUACCGAAGCUUUGACUUCUCUUCCAGAAAUUUUGAUUGUAGAAUUAAAGAGAUUCACCAUGAGAUGGUUUGGUGUUGGAAAGAUUUACAAUUUUAUUGAUUUUCCUAUUGAAGGAAAGAUUGAUUUCGGACACUUUGUUCCACCGGAUAUCGAAGCAGGACCAACGAAGUAUAAAAUCAGGUCAAUCAUAGCCCACAAAGGUAAUAUGUCGUAUGGACACUAUGUUGCUUACUGUUCGACCUUUGAAGGAUGGAAAUUAUAUGAUGAUUCGAAAGUUUCCAUUGUAGAUCCUCAAGAGGUAUAUAGUAGUAACGCUUAUAUUUUAAUAUACUCAAGGGCUUUACCCGAAGAAGUUGCCGUACUCCAUGAACAAAUUAGGGCCCUUAGUUUGCCAAGAGGCUGGGGAUUGCCAAUUAGAACUAUUAGUGAUCCUAUCAAGUGGAUCAGAAUUGUUCCGGAGACACCAGAAGGAACUGUUGUCCUGGAAGUUGCAAGUUCAUUGGCAGGAGGCAAAAUAACAAGACCGAUCACAAAAGAUGAUAUUAUUCAUCAAUUUAAGAUGCUCUAUCCUUACUCGACAUCAAAAAUUUAUAUUUCAGAAGAAGAUUAUAACGCAAUAUGGAAGUUUUUAUAUUUUAAUGGAGAGUUACCAGACAAAAUUGUCCCAGUUGAACAUUCUGACUUCCAAAUUGGUGAUUGCCUUAGUAUUUUACAAUUCCCAAAAUAA